AUGCGAGUUCCGGCAACCCGAGGAAACCGUGCAGGAGAGAGACCUACUCACUUUGACACUGGUCCUCGAAUGCUACCGUUACGUGCACCACAGUACUACAGUCACGGUGUUCCAUUGCUAAUGGCACGAGGGGCGUACUAUCGCACAGGACCACCUCCUCCAGUUGUUUGUGUUCCGCAACAGGAUCAACGUUUUCGAAAUACAUGGCUUGAUGCUAAUCUUGGUAUCAACUAUCCGUCUGUCCCUAUGGUUGAUUAUUCGUUUACUCCUUGCUGUGGUGGAUACCGCCCUCGGCCAAAUUCUGGUGGUCGAAGUGGUUAUCGAUACCCAUCCAAGAAUUCGUACAAAGAAGUAAAACCUCAUUCCAAUGAACAAACCUCAUGUGAAGCUGAUCAAAACGAAAAGAAUCGAGGAGUGGCUGCCGAACAUGAUGAGUCCUCAAAAGCCGAUGAGGAGGAGGUAUGGGAGUCUGAAAAUGAAGAAGAAAAACAAAAUCGCUGGACUGGUAAUAAUAUGUGUUGGCCGUAUGGCAAGGAGAAACCAGAGGAUGGUAACCCGUCAAACGAGGAAAAUCACACUACAGACGAAAAUGAGCAAUGCAAAGCCAUCGAUAUCAGUUCCAGUGGUAAGACGGAUGCUGCUGGAACUGUAGCCUCUGGAUGA